AUGCGCGGCCAUGUGCUUAGAAUAAUUUCGUGGAGCGCGUGGGUCUUAAACAUCCUUCUGAUGCUAUCGGGCAAGCAAAUCUACUUCAUUGAGUUGAAAUUUGGUUCGGAUUACCAGAUACAAUCACUUGAAGAAAGUGCUGAAGUACUAAGAGAGAGGUGCUUGAAGUUUCAUAAAGGUUGCCGCAAGUAUACUGAAGGGCUAGGUGAAGCUUAUGAUGGAGAUAUUGCAUUUGCAAGCGCACUUGAGACAUUUGGAGGAGGCCACAAUGACCCAAUCAGUGUUGCUUUCGGCGGACCUGUCAUGAACAAAUUUACAAUUGCCCUGAGAGAAAUAGGAACAUAUAAGGAAGUCCUGCGAUCCCAGGUUGAGCAUAUGCUAAAUGACAGAUUGCUAAACUUUGUAGACGUUGAUUUGCAUGACGUUAAGGAUGCCCGGAAGCGCUUUGACAAGGCUAGCCUCGUGUAUGACCAGAUUCGCGAGAAAUACUUAUCAUUGAAGAAAGGCACAAGAGCAGACAUAACAACUGCCAUUGAAGAAGAGCUCCAUAGUGCUAGAUCUUCAUUUGAGCAAGCUCGUUUCAACCUGGUGACUGCAAUUUCGCAUAUCGAGGCAAAGAAGAGAUUUGAAUUUUUGGAGGCUGUUAGUGCGACAAUGGAUUCACACCUCCGAUAUUUUAAACAAGGAUAUGAACUAUUGCAUCAGAUGGAACCCUAUAUUAAUCAGGUUCUCGCCUAUUCGCAGCAAUCAAGAGAGAGAGCAAACAAGGAACAAGCUUCUCUUUUAGAGAGGAUGCAUGAGUACAAAAAACAGAUAGAGCGUGAUAGUCGGUCAUCUGGGAAUGGUUUAAAUGUUUCCCCUAAUGUAGAUGGCAUACAAACAAUCGGUAGAAGUUCACAUAAAAUGAUUGAAGCAGUGAUGCAGUCAUCCACAAAAGGCAAGGUUCAGACCAUUCGUCAAGGUUACCUCUCAAAGAGAUCAUCAAACUUGAGAGGUGACUGGAAAAGAAGGUUUUUUGUUCUGGAUAGUCGAGGGAUGUUGUACUACUAUCGCAAGCAAAUUAAUAGGCCAGCUGGUGUUAGUCAAGUUCAAAGAACCAACAAUACCCCUGAACAUGGUUCAGGGUUGCUGAGCAGAUUGUUCUCUUCUCAUUACCAUGGUAUACAUGAUGAGAAAUCUGUUGCACGGCAUACAGUAAAUUUGCUGACAUCAACCAUUAAAGUCGAUGCAGAACAAUCAGAUCUGAGGUUCUGCUUCAGAAUUAUUUCACCCAUGAAGAUCUACACAUUGCAGGCAGAGAGUGCUCUAGAUCAGAUGGAUUGGAUCGAAAAAAUUACUGGUGUCAUUGCAUCUUUGCUGAACGCACAAUCCCCAGAACAGUGUCUGCACAGCCCUAGGAGCUGCGGCCAUGAUCGGAGCGCUAGUGAGAGUAGCUCCUAUACUAGUUCAGUGGAACUGGAAACCUCCACAAGUGAAGAUUUAACACUGGAAAAGAACACUGGAAAUGGACAACAUCAUCACAGGACCAAUAUCAAACCCGAAAAACCAAUUGACUUGCUUAGGAGGGUUGAUGGUAAUACUAUUUGUGCUGAUUGUGGUGCUGCGGAACCUGAUUGGGCGUCGUUAAACCUCGGUGCUCUUCUGUGCAUAGAGUGUUCUGGAGUACACAGAAAUCUAGGAGUGCAUAUAUCGAAGGUAAGGUCUCUGACUCUCGAUGUCAGAGUCUGGGAGCCAUCUGUAAUCAAUCUCUUUCAAUCAUUAGGCAACAUGUUUGUGAACAGAGUUUGGGAAGAAACAUUACCUUCAUCAAACAAUGGCUCUUCUGUUGAUAAUACAAGUACUAAUGGAUCACAGGCAGCACAAUACUUAACCACCACCAAGCCUAAACACUCGGAUCCUUUCUCUGCCAAAGAGAAGUUUAUUCAUGCCAAGUAUGCUGAUAAGGAAUUUGUAUGGAGGCAUAGUAUCGAUGAGAUUCACAUAGCUCAGCAGAUGUGGGACAGUGUAACUGCAAAUGACAAGAAAGGAGUAUACAAUCUCAUCGUGGCAUCACACGCCAAUGUAAAUUUGGUUUAUGGGCAGAUGGCUUCUGGUUUGUUGCUGAAUCUUGGAAAAGCACUUAAACAAGAGCAGCCAACUUCACCACCUGAUGGAAGCCCUAGAUUUUUCGAUUGCAAUUCACAUGAGAAGGUUUCUCCUAGAGAGUCGCUUUCUCCUCCCAGCACAAGUUCACAUGUAGAUGAGUUGGAUGAUAGAUAUGAGGGUUUCUCCUUGCUUCAUCUUGCAUGCCGUGUUGCAGAUGUGGGGAUGGUUGAAUUACUUUUGCAGUAUGGUGCUAGUGUAAAUGUGUCUGAUUCAAGAGGUCGGAUGCCCCUUCAUCACUGUAUUUUGAAAGGAAGACAUCUGCAUGCAAAGCUGCUGCUCUCCAGGGGAGCUGACACACAUGCCAUAGACCGAGAUGGCAGAUCAGCAUUGCAGUAUGCAAUGGACCGUUCUACGAGCGACGAAGACAUGCUUGCGUUGUUAGAGGAGCACUUCAGAUAA